AUGGAGCGCUACCCCAAGAAUACACACACCAAGCGCAGGCGCGAAGAGUCUCCGUUGCUCGACACAAUCGACCCUGCUCUCCUGAUGAAGAAGCCCAAAACCGAUCAUGAGAUAAGCCUCAUGGAUCUUCCCUACGCCAGCCCUACCCCUACGGUUAAUACCUCAAAAAUUGAGCUAAACAUCGGCCAGAGCUUUAUGGCUCUCUCUUCCACCGGCCCUACCGGAGUCAACGAGGUCGACUACAUACGUGGUCUUGUCAAGAAGCCGGAGCUGGAAACUGACACUGACCUUAUGACCUUCCUCUACACUGGCCUUGAUUCUCUCGAAGCCUCGAAUUUGAGAUUCAACCCGGGCGACAUGGACGACACAGACUCCACACCCGGCCCCGAAGAUAUCACUAUCGAUCUCGCCGCCAUCAACCGCAACACCCGCCGUCCUUCCACUGGCCCCGCGCCGAAUCCCCUGUCUCCAGCAAACUGGAAGGUCCACUUCGGCGACGAGAAGAUCCUGGCUGAGAGGCUCUGGGCUACCAUGCUCAUCCAGAACGUGGACGGCAUCAAGGAUCUCGUCAAGGAGGGAGCUACACCCAUGACAUCCACCCAGUUCGGCGGCCAUGCAAUUGACAUGGCUGUCAGAAUGGAGAAUGCGGCCAUGGUUCGUGCUCUCCUUCCGAACCGCGAUGCCCUGCGCAAGUACGGACACCGCGCCCUUCUCGUUGCGGUGAACAACAACUCCAUGGAGAUGAUGACGGCUUUGUUGAACAUGGGAAUGCGCGAGCUCCUUGCCGCCGACGAGACCGCGAAGAUCAUUGUCUACGGCCAUACCUGCAAGCACGGGACCCCGGAGAUGAUCGAUACACUCAGCGCGCAAGGACCGUGGUUUAGCUGGAAGGCGUACUGGCAUUGGUGCCUCCGCCUUUCCGAUCAAACCAAAAAGGGUGCAAACGGAAACAAGGUCUGGGAGCUGAAGGAGGAAUAUAUGGAGCGCGAGAUGAACAAGAGACCCCUCAUGAACAGAAACGACGUAAUCGACACCUGGCACGAAGCGCAGGAGCUCCCGGCCCUGCAUCAGGUCAUGCGCAUCCACUGCAACGCCAAUCCGAACAACAACAUCGACGACCUGUACUGGACCGAGUACUACAAUCCGACCAAGUACUUGAACCCCGUGAAGCGGGCCCCAGCCGAGUACGUCCGCCGCCGCACCGGUUUCUGGGAUAUGUGA